AUGACUCAGCCGAAAACAAGCGAGGCAAUCCGAAGCUCUGUGUGGUCGUCUUUGAUCGCCAGUGGUGAAGACGUCAGUAGAUCCGGACCCGAAUCUCUCAAGGCAAGAACGCGCGCCAUCCGAGCCGGCAAUGUGAUCACAUCCCUCGAAGGGCCUGGCGGCACGCAGCAGACCAUGGCCGGCGCACGCAAGGCUCGAGUCCAGGAGAGGGAGGAACUAUCCGCCAUGGACAACCUCUUCGCCUCCUACAUUGAAAAAAUGCGCUCCCUCCAGCAGCGUAAUUACGCCAUGGAGGCGCAGGUGCUGAAGCUCCAGGCAUCGGAGACAACCGCACACACGAAGACGCUUUACGAGAAGGAAACCAGGGACUUGCGCGCGCUGGUGGACGAGCUGUCCGAGGAAAAGGUCAAGAUGGUUCUGGAGAGAAACCAAUGGCGGGAACAGGCAGAGGAGUAUAGAAGAAAGUGGGAAGAUGAGGCAGCCUGGCAUGCGGAGCUGAAUACUGAGGUUUCAAAGCUCAAUAAAGACGUGUAUGCUGUAACGCAAGUACAUUUGGACCUGCAGAAUAAGAUUUCUACGAUAAAGGAAGAGAUGGAUUUCAUGAUGAUGGUGCACAAGCAUGAACUGAAGCCACUUCAGGACCAGUUGAACGAGAGUCUGUCCAUUUCCGCCAAGGAUCGGACUCAAGAAUCCGGACUUAACGUCAUUACUAAGCUGUACGACCUGCGCCAGCAGUAUGAAGACUUCUGCCGGGGUAUUCAGGAUGAAGCAGAGUCCAAGUACAAAGAGAAGUUCACCGAGCUUACGCUCGAGCGGGAGCGGGACAACAUGACGAUGCUGGCCGCCAGAAGUGAGCUGAUCACCUCUCAAAAGGAGGUGUCCGAUCUUCGAGAACAGUUUAGCACAUUGAUGACCACCACUGAGACCCUGAAACACGAGGUGGAUUGA